AAUCCAGUGGGCAGAGAGAGGGAGACGGAGAGAGUGGAUAGCCCGAAGACGCACAGUUAGCUGACAACUAUAAAACAACAGCGGCCUGACAAGUCAUUAAAAUGUCCUAGAAAUCUCCACCUGUUAACAAAAAUGUGAACGAGAGAGAAGGACACCGCGGGGAGGACUGUCAAAACCACAUGACAACCAACUUUGGUUGUGGUGAGAGGCGCACCAUGGAAUCUCAGCCGAGGUAGGCAGACACUGCUAGCUGUUAGCCGUUAGCAUUACAGCCUGUCUGGGUAGCUGACGGUAAUUAGCCAGAUACAGUUAGCCGGUGUAACGGUUUAAAGAGUGACCCUGUUAACCAACGACUAUCAGUCGGAUGCGUCUCGGAGUUGUCACAGUUUUAAUAAAUAGAAAGAGGAUACGUAGCUGUCCUUGCAGAUGCUCUUUGUCUAACUACUACAUUCAAAGUCAAAAUAUGCCUGUCUUGGACGUCUUGUUUGCUAAAACGAGUCGCGUAUUUACAAUCAGUCCUUUUAACAGCUACGACAACCACGGAAGCAUUUGGCGUUCAGUCACCAGUUAACAGGGUCACUGGUUAGGUUGGAACACCUGCUCUUUCACCAACAGCGCCCUUUACAUGCCUUUCACUGGACAUAAAGUUGUAAACUUUGGUACAAGAGGGAAAGUUGUGUUGUACUUAUGUAAUUAAUUUAAAACUGACGUGUAGAGGGUUUUGAACUGGAUAAGAAAUUCGAGGAAGAGGCGGAAUCAGCUGAAAAGUAGAAAAGAUGUGAUUUUUACCAGCUGGUCAGAAAGAGGCUUGUCAUCUGUACUCAAAACAUUUUAACUCUUGAAUGUUUGUUUUUGUAUGUGAAUUUGUUUUUAUCUUUGGAGAGACUUAUAUAUCUCAUUCUGCAUUAAUGUUAUAAUAAAAACAUUCAUCACUUAAGUGUAGCCCCCUCAUAAAAAAAAAAUUAAAAAAGACAGGAGUGACAAAUGUAACUGAACAGCAAAAUCAGUGCUAUCAAUGAUUAAUUUCUACUGUGCUUAUCAACAGAAACACCUUACACAAAUAUUAGAUUUUCAGGUGUGAUUAUUACAGAUAAACUUGCACUGCCUGUGUAUCAGAAUAAUUUGAGUAACUGAACUAAAUAGAGGCCCAACAAUGUUUUACCUACUUUUUGACAUUUUCGACCCUAUCAUCAGACUCUGUUUCUCCAGAGACAAAUAAUCAUUGCAGAGGACAUCUGAAAAUGUUUGAUUAAUUACUUUGAAGAAACUAAUAAUCUUAACAAUAUGGAAGAGUAUGGAUUUGUUCUAUUGUUGGAAUUAAAAGCAAUGCAAAUCAGGGAUGUACGUGAGUUACAGACUCUGAGUUAGUCAGAACAUAUGUUUUUAGUUUGUGAUCGCCAUGAACCUUAAAUUGUGUCACUCCCAGGUUGCCCUGUUGUCCCCGGUGGCUCUCCAGUGUGUAUGAAGCUUGACUGAAGUACUUGUAGCAGAAAUGUGAACCUGUUUCAGGGGUUUGUCUGCAUCAAUAGUUUACCAAAGUCUGGCAGUCUUCUUACAGGAUGUUUUAUCAGCAGCAUUCUUACUAUCCCCAGGUUUGUGGCUCCAAGUUGUUUCCCUUGAAUCUGAAUCAUUGACCUUUUAAAUAAUCUGUUAAUCUGUUCCUGGUAUCUGUCAUCAGUGAUUAGCUUAAGGUUGGUUUAAUCAAAACUCUGACUCACCUGAGUGGAAGGAGGUAGAGGGUAUGUGUUACAGCAAAUCAAAGAGUGACAAAAGCAGGAUUGUUUCUUUAGCUGCUGCGGUGACACCUCCCCUCUCACACUAGUUUCAGGCAUUAAAAAUGGCAAUAACCUAAACAGGUAGUCUUCUGCUUGAUGGUUUUAUUUGCUUUAGGAUAACAGGAAGAGGCAUCAACAUGGAUUUCAGUCAAUUUAAAAAAAAGAUUUAAAAAAAAACUCCCUAUAGGAGCUUUAAGUCCUGUUAUUUUUUUCAAGCGUGGAUCGUUUCAUUAACAGACGGACUUUAACAAAGUCUUUUAUGUUUGGAUUGAAAUGCUCGUUUCUUAAAGGAACAUUAUGUUCAUCCCCCUCAGGUGUUAAUGGUGUAGGACCUGUGACAGGGCAGUGCUUUUUUGUGCUGUACCAGUAGUAAUGAGUAAGUGCUCAUCUGUUUGGCUUAGUCCCAAAUUUGUGCUGCUCUACCUGUUGCCAUGGAGGCUUCCCCUGUGGGAUGGCUGACAGUGAUCAGCACUAUAUAUUUUUCCGAAGAAAAGUAUUAAAUAAAAAUGUUGAAAAGUUUUUAAGUUCACUGCGGUGCAUUACAGUAUUAAACAGAGUCUGUUCCCAUGAGGGCUGAUGUUUUUCGACUAUGCGUUUUACUACGUUAAACAAACUCAUUCUGCCACAGGGAUCAUUUGAGGACAAGGGGUCGUAAUCAUCUAUUUGAUGUUUGCAUGGGCUGCCUGUCAUCUUUAGGGACUAGGGGGAACAGAUGUGAAUGUUGUGCCGAAUCCUCAUGGCGUCUGUGUGUCUAAUUACGCUUGUCUGUAGAUAUGAUGGGCACUGUCUUCUCCCACGAGACUUUCCUGCUCUGCCCCCGGGGUAGAUCAUCCGUGAUAAGAUGCCUCAAAAUUGCACUCCCUAAAUUUUCUGGUGUUUUCGCCAAAACUGAUUUCCUCACAUGGAUUAGUCACUAUGCAGAAGAUUAAAAAUGUGUAAAAGGUUAAAAAUGGGAAAAUAUAAACUGUAUGUAGAGCCAUUGGUAGUUCCAACUUAGCUCAGCUUUUCAGCUCAGACGGCAGAUCCUGCGUUUUACCUCCAGCGUUAAACUAGCCUGCAUGUUUCAUGUCACUGUUAAUAUGAUACGUUUGUAAAUAAAUACUGAUUUUUAAGGUCUUUCCUCUCCUCAUGGUUUCCAGUGUCUACAAAGAAGACAGGAACAUUCUCCGCCUCCGAGCAUGGGAACAGAGGAACCAAGGAACAAGCCAAGCCACAGAACUCAACACUGAGAGUGUGCCACUAUUUGGGCAGCCAUACAAGGUACAAACUCUCAUAACAGGAGACUGAAAUCCUCUUAUUAUGAUUUCGGCUGUAUUAGUGUAACUAGAAAUGAGGUCUGCUGCUCGACUUUUUCAUAGAUGAUGUUGUGAUGAACUUUUGGUUCCAUACUUUUAUCGGUAAAAAAUGCUAAGUUUAUGGGAAGUAGGUGGUGUUUUUGACAACAGUGUUCCACCAUUAAUACAAUACUUAAAGCUUUUGAUAGAGGAUAUGAUUACUUUAUACUUCUCUCUUUACAAAAACAAUAAAUAUCAUAGGAUUGAUCCCCAUUUCCUAAGCACACCUUUAAAAUAUGACUUGCUAUUCGUGUCGAGAAGAUGGCAGAUCUUUCUUUUUCUUGACUUUCUUCAUUUGAAGCAGCAAAUGUCUCGACUAUGUCCAUGUAGCAUCAGACAGGACAUUCUGUGUGCAGAGUGAAAGGCAUAAAGGGUCAGCAAAUUACCCGCUGCCGCUCAUAAAGUUUAAUUACUGCUGAGAGCAACUGCUGUGCGCACAUGAUAGUAAUUUAAGCAACUCAGAUGGCAUAUCAGCCUUUUUUUACAUCUCUGUUUUGGGAGCUGGGCAGUGGCUAAUUUGAAAGGAGGAAUUCAGUGUGUAGAUUUGGCUGCAACCGGAGUAACACGGCUUUAAAGGAGUACAAAUUACUGACAGUCUUUAGUGACAAAGAAAGUCCUUUUUACAGGAAAUGCUUAAAUCUGACCUUCGUAAAUCUUCUAUUUUUGCAUUUUUUUGUCUAUAGUUAGUAUGGAUCAACUCUAGACAGGGAGUAAAGUUGUAAAGGUUUUUAUGAUGGAACUGUUUUACUCCAUGCGAUCGAUAAUUGAUAAUUGCAUUGAAAGUAAAUGAAAAUCUACCAGUCAUUCAUAAACAGGAGCUUUGUCACAAUCAGAUAGCGUUGUAGGCGGGACAGUAGGUCAGACAAAAUGGUGUAAGAAGAUGGAUCGAGAGAGCAACACACACAGCGGUGGAUCUAAAUUAGCACACUUUUUCAAUUAACCAGAUUUAUUGGCGAUCAGUUUAAGAAAAGGCCAAGACCGAUAAUGAUCAAGAGGCCAAUAUCAGCCCCGAUAAGCAGCCAAGGCCAGUAAUCGGUCAACCUCUAAUUUAGAGCGUAGAUAUGGUUCGAGUUUUUUGUCGCUAAAUUUUUGUCACAUGACCUUUUAUUUACAUUUUUUCUUUUAUUUCAGACAAACAAAGGGGAUGAGCUUUCCAACCGAAUCCAGAGGAUGCUGGGGAGUUAUGAAGAUGUAAAUAAUCCCUGUCCCUUUGCCAUAGAGCCUUUACCCAUUCCUGCAUAUGUAACUUCCACACAGUCUGAUCAGAGUCAGACAAACAUUGAGAAAACUACACAACCUUCAUUCCAUAACCAGGUCAAUAACUUGUCCAGCCAAAGUCAGAGGGCUCCAUCUGUUAGUGGUUACUCCUCCCAGCCUGUGAGGACAUCCACUGCUGCGUCUUCUUCUUCGUCUUCUCCUCCUCCAAACAACUAUGGACAUUUCACAGCGUCUCCAGCACGUCAACAAAAGAAGAGCAAAACCCGUUCUGAUCACAGAGUCGAGGAAAUGUCUCCUCUGUCUCCUGAUGUUAAGCUGCUGGUGUUGUCCAAUGACCUUGAUAACACCGAUAUGGACACUAAGGACACCUUUAAUAGACUUCAGCUUCAAGAGACCACAAAUCCCCCCUCCGAGUCUUCCAGUGCCAUGGAUAUUUCUCCACUUCACCCCAAACAGUCGCCUAAAGAGGUUCCUCUGACUCAUAGCAAUAAAGGUAACACGCUGCCUUCCCAGACGUUCCCUUCCCUCCUGUCGUCCAAGCAGCCCAGUGUAGUCAUGACCCAGAAGCCGACGGCAUAUGUGCGGCCCAUGGAUGGUCAGGACCAGGUGGUCAGCGAGUCCCCUGAGCUGAAACCUUCACCGGAGCCUUAUGUACCCCUACCAGAGCUGGUCAACAAAGCUGACAAGGGCAAAAGGAAAGUACUGCCACCAUUUUUGGAGGUGAGUAAAUUGUCUUUAAUCUCAAACAAACAUCUGCGGGGCGACACUGUAGGAUCUGCAGUUAUUAUGAAAAGAGUGAAAGGAAAGAAGAAGAAGAAAAGCUUUUGAGGUUCUGUGAGAUUUUCUUUUUUAUUAUUCAAAGAGAUCCGAGCGAGCUGCUGCCAGGAUUCAUGCUAACUCAAGCUAAUCAGCUGCAGGCUUUUGGCUCUUAAUUUAGAGUUUGUCAGUUCCUCAUUUUGGCUCUCCUAUUUUGUUGUGGUUGAUCAGAUUUGCUGAAGUUAAAGUUCCCGUCUUUCCUUGGCUCCCUGCAAAUAAAAACAACACAGUAUGUCACAGAUAAUCCAGAUAAGGGGUUGUUUGAUAGUCUGGCUGUAUCAUAUACCUCUGAAUCCUUGAGCUGUUUGGUGCCUCCAGAGACUGAGUGAGCUAAGAGGACAACAGAAAGACUACAUAUUGUUAAUCAAUGCUGUGAAUGUGCUUCUUUGGGCUAAGAGGAUUGUGUGCCUGCGGAUCACAGGAUGAUCUCCAAGACUUCAUCCAGAGUUUUGAUAUUUUUCUUGUCUGGUUACGCCUUUCAAAUGAGCCCUCGGUCUUCCUUUUAUUUCAGAGAGUUUUGGCUGAACUCCAGUUCAACUCCAUGCAAUUGUGCUCUGUCUCUAACACACAUGCACACUAACACAACCCUUGCACCUGCAGCACUCCACACACCUCCCUCUUGCCCUCCUGCAGCAGCACAGUGCUGAAUGCGCGGCUGUUUUUACUGCUAAUCCACUACAGAAUAGCUCAGCGUUUACUUGUUCUCCUAUUUUUCACCAACACUAAAAGCCGAGCAGCUAAUAUUUAAGUGAUUUAUAACCUGAUACCAUGGACAGAAGAUAUUUGCUGUCUUGUUUUAGGAAGUUAUGCACUACUGGGAGAGAAAAACAAGCAAAACACAGAAAAACACGCUGACAUUUUACCACAGUGUUUCCAGAUACAAUGCCAGGAGAUUAAAGCUCUGUUGUUUUGGAAACAUCUGUUUUGAAAUGGAGAAAUGCUGAGUUUAUCAUAACUUGGACACAUCUAUAUUGCUUUUACUCAGGUGUGGGUGUUUGCAGCGAGCGGCCUGUGGUUUGUUAGUUUUUUUUUCUAUGUGUCUGUGUGUGUGUGUAUAUGUGACCUCAGCUGCCUCUGAUAACUUCAGCCCAGGGCUCAGCCGAACAAAAAAUGAGCUUUGUCACCAACUUACGUAACUGCUCCGGGGGCCCAUUCACUCUGACCAUAUCUCAAACACUGUUCAUUCAGAAGGGGAAAAAAACAGAGAGGCAGCAGGCCUGAAAACAAACCAAAAUACAGACUUUUGGCUCUUUUGUACACACACACACACACACACAGAUUUAUCUGAUGUUAUGGUUGGCAUGUAGCUGCCUGAUAUGGGGCACCGCGUCUCUACAGUGCAGAAAUAGAGGCCUCAUGUACGCUUUGAAUAUAGGUGAGAACUGGAUUUGCUUCACAUAGAUUUAGUUUCAGAUGCUUUUGGCACAUUUCAGAUUUAGAAUAAAGGUAAAGCUGUUCAUGUGUAGUGAGCAGGUGGACGAUAGAGCAGAUUGUUUUUAUCUUAUAAUCAUACUGUUUUAAAGAACGUGAUUCUGAUUGACGGCAAAGCAAAGAUAAAGGUAGAGACAAACAGAUUACAGACAUCACAUGUAUCAAAUCAAUCCCUGAGAAGGAGGGAUGGCACAUCUAGUGUGUCUUUUCUGGUGACAAAAAUAUUACUUUGUGAUAGUAAGAAUAAGAAGAACUUUAUUGAUCCCCGAAGGGAAAUUCAAUAAUAUUAAUAAUAAUAAUUAAAUAAAUAAAAUAAAUAAUAAUAAUAAUAGUAUUAGUGGAGAAUAUGGAACCAAUUAUUAUUUUUCCAUUUAUUUUGGUUAGAGAGACGUGACAAAACAUAAUAGACACAGAGUAACCACAAACAGCAUUGAAGUGUGGGCUUUGAUAGUGUUAGGAGACUAGUUGAGUUAAAGUUACAGGAAAGAUGUCUUGUUAUUUUCUGCAUCUGUUAAAAAAUGCCAGUGGGAGAAAGCAAACACUUUUACUUUACUGUGAAUGAAAAUGUCAAAGUUUCAUGAUAACUCCAUAUGUAAGUACGCCAUCACUGUGGAAGUGCUCCUGAUGUGUCAAAACAAUCCUAUUUAAAUCAACAGAGACUUCUCUAGAUCAGUAUUUUGUUUGAAUAUUUGUCAAUAGCUUCACAUUGAGGGUCUUGUCUCUCCCUGUUUUGAUUGUAUUUGGCAUAACCAGCGUCUAACUGUACAUUGUCUCUUAAAACAUUUCUGCAGAUUGAUUUGUCAUGUGAUUAUCAGUGAAAAGGUUUGAGGUUAUCUGUAGAAAAGUUACCAGGAAAUAACACAAUGUUGCUAUAAGUAGCUACCAAUCAGAAUCAAGUGUUUAACAGAGUCUGGUAAUAAUGAAUUAAAACUAUUCUUUAUCAUAGUAGGGAGGAAUAAUCAUGUUUCAAUGAUUGUGAGAUAGAAACAGAUUUAUGUGUCACUUCAGACAUCAGAUCAGGUUCAAUCGUGUGUCCCCGUUGUCGUUUCAUCCUGUCUUUUAAUUUCUUUGCACACUCAGUGUAAUCUGUUUUCUCUCUACAGACAAAGAUAAAUGAAGCUCAGUGUGUGGAGGACAUCUUAAAGGUGAGUCCAGCUCUUAAGAGUCUCAUCUUCUUUCCAGUCCUUAAAAAAAAAAGGGUUAAGGAGGACUAGAGAGCAACACCAGUUUUAGUAAAUCCCAAUCGUCAUUGAUAAGGUCACAGAUUUUUUCUGUGUUAAACGACCAUGUUUUCUGGACUAUCAUUCUUAAAUAAGGCACUAGUGUGAUGAUCUCUUAUCAGCCUGGCCUGUAGCUGAUGGUGACAGGUAAAGAUGCGAAGAGGAUUCAAUCAUGUUUGUUCUUGUCCCUCUUACCUGCGUAAAAGUAUCCAUAAAUGAUCGAAGUAGCAUAAGUGAAUCAAACAUCCCACUCUUUCUACUGCGUUUAACAGCUGUCAUUGCUAAAUUGAUAUAAAAGUAACAGAAAUUUUUGUACAACCCUUUCAAUCUAUUUAUCCUGAGAAUAAUUAUUUCAUAUAUACCAUCCGAAUUCAAACAAACUCAGCAGAUAAUGUUCUGUCUGUUCCCUCCCCAGGAAAUGACACAUUCAUGGCCUCCUCUCCUCACAGCGAUACACACACCUAGCACAGGAGAACCUUCGAAAUCCCCCUUUCCAUCCAAGGUAAGAGCUGAUGGAUCGAGAAUUAGUUUGGAUUCAGUUGAUUUUGGCAAUUAACAUGUGACAUGAAUAUAACUGGAGGUCUUGGGUACAGCUGUUCUGUGUCCUGACUUGUUUUUUUUUUUCUGAGAUGAAAUCCUCUGAGCUGCCUGAAUGGGAAAGGGUCUCUCCAAACUUCCAUUGAACUUUCUCUUUUCAAUUUUAUCUAUAUAGCGCAAAAUCACAACAAUCGUUAUCCCAAAAGGCUUUCCAAAAGAGCAGGUCUAGACCUAUCUCCUUGUUUGAUGUAAUUUAAAGACCCAAUCUGGAGAUGGGUAAAGAUUUAGCCCAUCUCGAACCAUCAUGAGUGAAGCACUUUGCAGUAUUUAGUAGGGCUGGGAUGAUAAUCGGCUUUUCUCUCAAUUCGAUUCUUCUACGAUUUUUUGGAUGCCAAUUCAAUUUAAAUUGCGAUUCUACGUUAUUGUUGAUUUUCUUGAUUUUUCGUCUGCAUUUUUAACCCCAGUGGAACAGUUGAAUGAUUAUGAUUGUCGACUGACUAUUUCAGGAACCAUUUUCCCCCAAAAAAAUACACAUCACAUUUAAGUCAGUUUUUAAGAUUUAUUCUUCAAUUAAAAAAAAAAAAAUUUAACAAAAAAAUCGAUUUUAAAAAUUAUUGAACAAAAAAUCGCGAUACUUAAGCGAAACGAUUUUUUUCUCCCACCCCUAGCAUUUAGUAAGUUACAAGGUGGCAAGGAAAACUUCCCUUUUAACAGUGAGUGAGCGUGUGCAUGCGUCGGCGUCGUAUGGCACCCAGCCAUUUCGCUCUACUGUGACCAACUUUUUAACCCAUUUUAACCGGUUUUAAACAACUUUUAAGACUGCAUUUUCAGAGUUUGCUGGCUUUUAAGUUCAACUUUUACCGUGUAUGGGUUUUUAUUUUAUUUUAUGUUAUCUGUUGUAGCAGAGAGAAAGAGUGCAAGUUCCUGCAAGCCGCUGUUUUUAUUUGGUUUUAAAAGGUUCUGAUCGCUUUUAACAUUUUGUUCCUUGAGCAAAAGAUUAUUUUUAUCUUUUUGCUUUUACCGGACAAAAGGUUUCAGUCAUCACCCUGGGAUUUUUUUACACUCUUGCUAAGUCAGCUACAUGGCAACCAUGGAGGCUACCGCCAUAGACGCUUCCUUACCUGCUGAAGUUGGUCAACAAUUUAAAAGAGCCCAGAAAAAGAUCGCCGAUCUUCUGGAGGACAUUGGUCGGCUCUCGGGGUGCUGCAGAGGAAGGACUCACUCCUGGCCACCUUCAAAUCUCAGCUCCCGGCGUUGUCCAGCUGAUUCGUUUUUGCCUGAAAAUUGCUAUAUAAAUAAAGUUUGAUUUGAUUUAAUUUGAUAACAGGCAGAAAACUUGAGCAGAACCAGACUCAUGUUAGACAGCUACCUGCCGCCACUGGGUUGGGGAAGAGCAGGAGGGAGAGACAGCAGCAGCAACAACAACUACAAUGGCAGUAGCUCAUAUAGAUAGAGAGAAUAUGAGUUUAGUUUACAGGAUUGGGAAAUAAGUAAUAAUGGACUGAUUUUAAAUAAAUUGAAGGCGAAUAGAGUCAGCAGGCCUAGUGGUAGUUAACUCUAGCUUUAUGUUAUUUAUGUCUGUGAGGCUGAUGUUCAUGUCCUCCGAGGAACCCAAGAGAUGAAGGAAGUCAGGGCCUGAGGUGGACAAUCAUAGAUGAUACAGCUGGGGUCAGGCAGGUCCACAGCAGCCGACUGUCUGUAGCAUCAGUCCAGAGGAACCUGAGAGACGAGGGAGCUCAGGGACACUCAGAGAGAUCUGGUUAGUAACUGUUACGCCAGAUCCCCCCAGCAGUCAAAACUUAUAGCAGCUCAACGUCGAGCUGGUUCACGCCUAACCAGCCUGUAACUAUAACGUGUAUACCCCAGAUGAAAGCUCUCUGUCUCUGUCUCCACAGGAAACCGAGCGUGUCUCAUCAUGUCCAGAACAAAGUAAGUAAUGUGAGAAUGAAGAGAGCAGCUCAAGUGAAGAGAAAGGAUAAAACAUACAAAUGAAAGAAUGAUGACGUAAAUAUUAGGAGAAAUGAAACAGGGGUUAGUCUGUUUUUUCUAAGUAUUUGAUGUUGAGGCAGAGUCAUCAAGAUGAAUAUCCUCCUCUUUCUUUCUCUACUGUGAGAGUCCCUAUUAUGUAUUACUUACUUCAAAGAGGGGUUUCCAUGGCAACCGUGAUAGCAUAAAACCACUAUUCUGUAAACAGAAUAUUAAAUACUAGAAAAGACGCAGUCCUCUAAUAUCAUCCUAAAUGAACCCCCCUCAGAAGUCACAGGUCUCAGUCUCUCCUGUUUUAUCGCUGUUAGACAUUAUUCUAAUAUCCCUUUAUUCUUUGUUGUUAACAUUACAGCUGAUUUAGACCCACUACAGCUAUUGUGUAUAUAUACUGUCUCCCUCUUGUCAGCCUUAGACUGCUGCUAACAUUAAACGAAAGGGCCAGCACUUAAGUUAAAAGUAGGUCUUAUAUCAACAUAAGCAAACUGUAAAUACAAACUCAAGACAAGAGAAAUAGAGACCUUUUUAGGGUGCAGUGUUGUAUUCAUUUCACAGCUCAUUGACUGUCAUAGGUUACUCAUUUUUCACAGUCUGGGAAAAACUGGAAGACACUAGAUUAUAUUUUUAAAGGCUUAAAUGAUAAGUCACACACUCUAUUUGUACAGUAUGUUCUGCUGCUUUAUCAACGAUUGUAUUGUGUAAGAAAGUUUAAUAUUUAGAUAGGUUUAGAGUUUGACAAAUGCAAAAAAUGGGAUAUUUUAUGGCGGCUGCAGACUGUCUGAAACAGCAGAAAUCAAGUAUAAGUCUGAUCCUCCUGACCUGAAUAACAUGGGUAUGUUGGUUCAGAACUUCAGCUUGAUAGUGUGAAGAAAUACUCCUUCGAUUUUUGCUCUUGGUGUCUUUACUGAAUUUCAUCUAUACUUGUUUUUUUUAAUGUAAAUCCAGGCGGCAACACGUAACGUUCAGCUCACCUAACAACAUCAUUUGAGACUGCUUGUGAUGGUCGUGCUGUUUGGGUUUUAUUAUGAUGUUUGUUUUCUCUCGCAUUUCUGUCAGAAAACUGCGUUCCUUCACCGAGAGAUCCAUCCAAACCGAUCCAGCUGAACUCGUCUUGGUGAGUGGAUUGUCAUGGGAAUGGUUUUUGUGUCCUAUUUUUGAAAUAUCAAAACACAACAAACUUAUGUUUCCAGUGCCGACAGGGAUUUGUAAGGAAAUUAAAAUAGUCUGCGCUACUUUGUGGGCUGUUGUAGCAUUAUGAUGUUUGUGUCAUGUGAUAGUUACAUUUAUAGAUCUGACGGUGCCAGGAGAAAGCGUAGUUUGUUCAUUUACGCCUCUAGGGCGAGGGUUCCUCACUCAAGGCCUAACCUUUUCAAGAGGGCUCAUGUAUCUUCUGCGCUUUAAUACAUCUGUUUUCGUUUCUGUCAGCUCAUCACAAGCAGCUCAUUCUCGAGGGGUAGAGUCAGGCAGCUCCAGCGACUCAGAGAGCAGCUCCAGAUCGGAGUCAGACAGCGAAAGCAUCACAGAGGAGCUGCCUCAACUCCCAACAAGCACCUCAAUCAAACCAGAGGUCAGUUUGUGCUCAUCUUCGUUGUAUGUGUAUGAUUAUUCAAAAAGGACAAUACUGAAAUGGAAAUGUGUCUUUCUUUUCAAAGCCUGACACACCAGCAGUGAGCCAUGGGGAUUGGCAGUUGGGGAACUGGAUCCGGUCAAGCCAGAGCUCAAGAACCGAGAGCCAAAGCGGUACACAGGCACCUGAUAGCCCCACUCACAAACAGCCUAAGCCCGCUCAGAGUGCCAUACACUCUGGUGUGGAGGCGGUUAACCCCUCGAAAGAGUCUAAACCUCAGCUUUCCAUUCAUAUGAAGGAGUCCAUUGAAAGUCUCGGUAAACCUCAGCUGCACAGGGAAAGCCCUCAGGACAACUACGACCAGCAAAGUAGCCAAAAACCCCCCUCCACCGAUUGGAAAAGCAGCAGCAGCAGUUCGAAGAAACUUUCAUGCAAUACUUUGAAAACAGCUGAGCCCGCUUGCUCAGAAGGCACUCAGGAUGUUGUAGCUACAGGAGACAAAGACUCGUGUUUCACAGAUCGACCAAAGGUUAAGACGAAAGCAGGACACGGUCGGAAAAACAAAGACAGCACUGACUCUAAAAGAGACACUAAAAGGACUUCUAAACACACAGCACUUGACAAGCGUAAGGCCAGAUCAGAGCCUGGUGUCACGACAAACCUGCAUGGUCGGUGUCUAUCAUGUGGUGUUUCAUACCCUAACCCCUGCUCUUGCCCCACCCAAAGUCCCGCUCAACCGAACCAGCUAUCUCCUGCCUCAUCGGUCACAAUCAGCUGUAGCAAACCAAAGUCAGAGAUGGGUACUAAGACUCCUCACAAAACAUCCAACAAGCAACCGGAGAAGACUGGACAUGCAGCCAAAGGGUCUCUGGACAAACCCCCUAGAUCCCUACUGGUGAGGAUUGAUCUAAGUCUUCUAACAAGAGUCCCCCAGAACUUUGGCAGCCAUCAGGAGACACCCAGCAAGUCAAAGAGAUCAGUGCUGGUUGUAGAGCAAGUGGGAGGAGGCGGUAAUACUACAAAACACAAACUCGCCAAGACCAGCAAAAAGAGUAUACCUCAAAAUGUAAGAAUUUUCCUUACUUAGAUUAUAACGUGUGUGUGUGUGAUUAAAAUGUUUGGUAAAUGUGUGUUUUAUUCUCCUCCAGGCUGAGGUAGAAACGAAAACGAUUCCCAAGAAGAAACAGAGGCUAGAAAACAAGAAUACCUCAUCAAGUCAAACACCCAUCAAACUGGAGUAGGUCCCUUCAAUCGGAUAAAUGUCCCACUUAUUUCUGUCCUCUUAAUACCAUGUUGAAUUGUCAUGCAAGCUCUAUUCUUGUCACCUGCAGAAGUUCCAGCAAUCCAACAGACAGCUCGGAGCAAAAGACGGCGAAGAAAAAACCUCUGCAGCAGCCAGCGUUCCCCAAAGACGCUGAAAAAGACUCAAACAAAAGCAUGUCAGCGGAGGCUCAGGGGACGAGAAAGGAGACGACGAAUAAUAAAAACUCCCGGAAGCACAAGAGGAAGCAAACGGAGCGUACGCACUCUGGAAAGGUGACUGUCGGGAUAUUAGCAUUAGCUGACAAGUAGUAAGUCAAGAGACGAGCUGCAAGCUCCUGACUGCUGUGACGUUUUUUUUUCACCAUGUUUGUUCUUUGGUUCCAGCAGAAACCCUCGAAAAAGAGCAUACCAUCAUCCUCACAGUCCACAAGGGAAGUUUUGACCAAAAGGCCUUUGCUCCAGUUGGAGGACAGGUAAAAAAAAAUCACCUUCACUUUUCAGUUUUGAGGUUUUUAUAGUCUUCAACAUAAAUGGAUUUUGUAUCAGUGAUAAUAAUGACAUGUAGAUUUUAAUUUUUGUGAGCUGUAAGCCGUAAUAAUCAAGAUUCUUUUUUUUUUUUUUUGUAACUUAUUUUUUAUUGACAUUCAGAAUCAGACAUUCACAAUAUAUUCAUUGUGCAAGCAAACUUCUUACAUCUGUUGUCUGCCCUAAAUGCCAAAACAAAAUUUUAGCUUAUAUUCAAAUAAUGUGAAGAAAAACAAACAACCAUAACAACAAUUAAAAAGUAAUAAAUAAAAAAAUAAAUAAUAAAAAAAUAAAAAUAAAUAAUAAUAAUAAUGAUAGCAAUAACAACAACAAAAAUAAUAAUAGUAAUGAUAAUGAUGAUGAUAAUAAUAAUACUAAUGAUAGCAAUAACAACAACAACAAUAAUAAUAGUAAUGAUAAUGAUAAGGAUGAUAAUAAUAAUUAUUAUUAUUAUCAUUAUCAUUACUAUUAUUAUUGUUGUUGUUGUUAUUGCUAUCAUUAUUAUAAUUAUUAUUAUUUAUUUUUAUUUUUUUAUUAUUUAUUUUUUUAUUUAUUACUUUUUAAUUGUUGUUGUUAUGGUUGUUUGUUUUUCUUCACAUUAUUUGAAUAUAAACUCAAAUUUUGUUUUGGCAUUUAGGGCAGACAACAGAUUUUGUUUUCACAAACAGUGGCCAUGAUGUAUGAAAAAAAAUCACUUCCUACUGAUACAUAGUUUCAUUAUUAUUAUUAUUAUUAUUAUUAUCAUCAUCAUCAUCAUUAUCGUUACUUUUAUUAUUGUUGUUAUUGCUACUUAUAUUAUUAUUAUUAAUAAUAAUGAUAAUGAUAAUAAUGAUGAUAAUAAUAAUGAUAAUGAUAAUAAUAAUAAAAAUACUAAUGAUAAAUGAAACUAUGUAUCAGUAGGAAGUGAUACAUAGUUACAUGUAUGGCCACUGUUUGUGAAAAUAAAAUAAUCAACAUUCAAACCAAAAAGUCUUGGAAUAUUUCACUUUGUGUGCGUUAAAAUGAACUUCACCAGGAUUUUCUAAUUUUUCCAGCUGCACGUGUUCAUCUAAGUAUGUCUAAGCUGUCUGUGGUAUGUGGUUUCAUCUGUAGGCAGUAUUCAGUGAAGCACUACAUAAAAGAGGCCAAAAAACUGAAGCACAAAGCGGACGCAGAGGUAACUGUCUCUCUGUUUUAGUCUUUGACCUGAAGGACUGCAGUAAAAGCAGAAACUUGUAGUUAAAGGUUGUUUCUGUCUUUAUCUCUUUAGUCAGAUAAGGUCAGUAAAGCUUUCUUCUACCUGGAGGCAGCCAUGUUUUUUGUCGAGAGCGGCAUAGCCAUGGAGAAGGAUCCACAGAUUUCAAUGUCUUCCUACACGAUGUUUGCAGAGACAGUGGAGCUGCUCAAGUAAGACCUCCCUGUUAUCAGAGUUACUGUGCUGGAAAAUUUCAUGAAAGUUUGACUUCAUGGUUGAAUUUGAUCGAUUCUUGUGUAAUUUUUGCAUUUCUUUACUCUCACAGGUUUGUACUGAAACUGAAAAGCUCAGCGGACCCCUCGACUGCACCAUCAGAGAAGGACUUUUUGGCUUUAUGGUGAGACACCAGCAAUACUUACCUCUCUCUUCUUACCAUGUUUAGAGGUUUACAAGCCUGUUACCCUGUAAGAUCUAAUUCAGCAGAAUUUAAACAUGAAUAAUUAAAAUGGUAAUUUUGAUAUGAUGUUUUGUGUGAUUUAACAGGAUUUUCAGAUGGCUUAAAUAAAAAGUAGAGUUUUAGAAUGAUCCUGCUUUGCUGGUAUAAACCACUUUGAUCUAGUGGUCUUUAAAGACACUUUUUUCCUUUGGCUUUUUAACAGAUGAAGAAAGUGACAGCAGCACUUCUAUAAAGUCCUCUCACUUGUAACUUCUCUAUUGGCAUUUUCGUCUCCCUUCCCAAGUCCUGUAGCGCUGCCAAAGCCCAAACUGUGUUGUGGUUUGUGGUCGCUUUGUUUCUGUUUUCUUCGAUUUGAUCAAUGUCUCUUUUAACUUUAGCUCUCUCUGCGCUGUUCCCACUUAUUUUCUUUUCUUCUUUAAUGGAAGAGGGAUGUUUUUUUCUCAUUGUUGGCAGGAAGAGGCAGAAAAAUGAGCAGUACACUAGACAUGCCAGUAGUCCUUUUCAGCGAUUGAUCUGAUAUUUGUUAUCACACACGUGAUCGGGCCGUCCCUGGGGCCAGCUUUCUAUUCAAUAUGAAAAUACUGAAUCAUUCAACAACAUUUUUUACUGUGUCUAGUCUGAAGAGCCAGUCUCUCCUGCAGAUGGCCAUGUUUCGCCACAAACAUAAAACUGCUCUCAAGUAUUCAAAGACCCUCACUGAUCAUUUCCAUGUAAGUGUGGUAGCAUCACCACAACUCCCUUUUUAUUUUAUUUUUAUUGAAUUAACAUAUGUUAGUAAUUAUUUUUAUUAGAAAUUCAGAUAUGUCACUUUUUGAUACACGACCUCAAGUGAUUAAUAUUUAUUUUUCUCAUGGAUUGUGUUCCUUUUUUAUAUUUCUGCUCAGAAAAACUCUGGCCCAACGUCGAAGUAAGUCAUGUUUCACUGUCUGAGCAUAUUUCAUAAAACUGUCAAAUGUACGGCUCAUGAAAACUCUAAAUAUUAUUUAUUUGUGUCCUUAAGAUCCUCCGACACGCUGUCCCCCAUGCCCAGCCUGCCGUCUCCAGCCAACACAUCCUCCAGCUCAUGUCCCGGCUCCAACCACAGCAGCAGCAGCAGCAGUCUGGGUGUAGACCCACUCAGCAGCACCAUGGUGGUUCCUCAGGCCAUUAAUCAAGUGGCUUUCACCUACGUCAACAUCACUAUGUUAUUCCUGAGUGCUCAUGACAUCUGGGAGCAGGCAGAGGAGCUGGCACGCAAAGGCAGCGGUAAGAGAAAAUGGAGGAGAGGCAGAACAGGGGAGCUGUAGAACUGGACUUUUAUGUAAAGGGUUUUCAGGCGGUUCUACAUCAACAGGACGAGAGAGAAGGGGUCCUGGAGUCUAAUUUUUGUUUUCUGAUUUAGACCCUGGACUGUAUUUUAAAGCUGUUGAUACAGUUAAUCACAGUGUACUGAUUUCAAAACAUCCUAAAUGUAAUUUUUCAUCAUGAGCAGGAGCUUCAAUUUCUUAUCUGUCUGACAAGAAACACUUCUGUUACACUUGGCUUCCUUUGUUAAAGCGGUUUACCUGUCCAGCAGAAAGUUUACAGGGUCCGUAAGAUCCCGAGGCAUCCCCCAUCAUUGUUGACCCGGCUUUUUAGCUCUUGUCCAGUCUACCUCUGUUUUAAGCGUCCGUUAUUCCUCCAGAGUCUCCGGUAUUUACUUCGUCAUAAACUGUCAUUGUAUCAAUAAAAGUACCACAAGUUCCCAUCUUUCAAUAAAGGAGGCAGUCCGAAUCCUUAAAAUGUGAUCCGCAAACUGAUAUUUUUAAAACAGAUCUUUUACCUUUUCGCCUUUUUUAUGUUCCAGGUUUGCAGGCAGAGCUUGACACGGUCAUAGGUUCGCUGAGUCUGAUGUCCAGCUUGAGCUCCAUGGUCCAUUACAUCAGACAGGGGGUCCACUGGCUGCGUCUGGACAGCCUGAAGGUAAAGUGAGCGACUAGCUGCGGCUGCUACACAGCUGCUGACUCUUCAAGCUGCCUCUCCCUCAGUUAAAGACUGAGCUGAACUUUCCCUCGGAAACACGGUUGUGUGUUUUCUUUGCUCGGAUAUAAUUCAUCUCAUCCAAAAAAAAAGGCUGACCCGGUCUUCACAUGUGUGUGUCCUCGGUGAUACCUGCUCAUUGUUGCACUUGUUUUUUCCUCUUGGCCACUUUAUCAUUUCUCUUUCUCUCUCGCACUUUUAUGAACAGGGAUUAUGUCGGCUGAAAUCUACAAACGCCCUGCACUUUCUGUUCCUCUCUCUGCAUUUACAAGCCGAAAUUUUGCCAACUAAAUAUGUUUUGGUGGCUUUAUGAUUUCAUGCAGCCUUAUGAUGCAGUUUUGGUGCAGGUACUUAUCCCAAUAUUAUUUAUUUGCACAGCUCUUGCUAUAAAACUUUCCACUUUAAACGGUGUAAGUACUUAGUAGAUGGUUAUCAUGUCGUGAAAACUUAAUUCACAGAUAAAUCUCAUUGAAUGCAUUUUAUUUUCCCUAAAAAGGAAAUAAUUAUUUUUAAUUUGUAAAUCCUGCAUUUCACUUUCUCAUAAGCCAGUGAGGAUCCCCGUGAGGAGUUAAGUGUUGAGGGCUGGGACCAUUCAAUGUAACUCUUGUGCCUCUGACAUGAUCCAAUCUUGUCCAUUUUAGGGAUUACAAAAGCAGACGAGUCAAAUUGGCGGAAGUUGUUGCUUGCAAAAAUGAAAUAAUCUAAAUUAAUCCCUGAGUUGCAACGGUAUUUCCUCUAAAACAACAUGUGUCCUGCAGUUUGCCCUUUCAGGACACAAAAAACUUUAAAUGUAUAUGGAAUCGAGCGAAAACUGGACACAUAAUGGACACGAUCGAUGAUUAAAAUCAAGUGAUUAAGAUUAGAAAAGAGAACAUUAAAUCAGGGAAGAAGUACUUGUUUGAAUGAAAGCUGUAAUCUUAGAUAAAUGAAGAGUUGAUCAUGUAGCAGGUUUAAGUGUAGCAUCAGGGAAAUAUAUACAGCAUUUCCACUCACAGCUCACCUGAGCUAGUCUGCAUUUUGAUUCUGGUUUUGUCGAAGCUGAUGGACUGAUGACUCACUUUAGCUCAGGGAUGUGGCUGACGAGAUUCGAGUAGUUUGUCAAACCAGAGCUGGAAACGUUUUAUUCAGAUCAAAAAAAAAAAAAAAAAAAGGAAAAGGUGGCACUUUUAGCCUCCUUCUAAUCAAACUAAUUAAAGUUUGAGGCUUUUCUUGAUUCGACAGCUACUUGCAAGACCAAUAACGGAGAAAAUUUCACAUUCUCAUCUGUCUUUGGAUAAAUUUGUGGCCAUUUUUAAGUUACUUUUCAAGCAUAGUAGAGCUUCCACAAACAUAAAAAAAAAUACAGUUGUGUUUCCUUAUUUGUUUUGCACCAGGCUGCUCUCUCUUCGUUCCCCAUGUUUAGUUGAGCUGCAAAUAUUGAGCAGUAAAAUAUUGACUUAAUCUGUGUGGGGAGAUUAAAAGGCCAAAACUAAUACUGACUAUAGAAUGCACUUUUUUUUUUUUUUUAGGAUUUGUACAUUUCAGUGUGUUGAAAGAAGAACACUACGUUCCCGACAGGACUCUGCUCGUGUUUACUCUUUGUUUGUUGUAACUUUGACUGGAAGCAAUAAAGCAGUUUUGUUGGCUCUCAUUUUUUAGUGACGGGGUGACAUGUUGAAACAAAGGGGACACAAAAAUAAUCAGUAUGAAACAGAGGUGCUGGGAGAGAUUUAGAUUGGACAUGAGUUGAGUUGCUGUGUGGGUGAUCGUACAUGAUAAAAGGGCUAAACGAGGAUCACAGAGUGUUUCUGACUUUACUUUCGUGAUACGAUCAAAGUGAUAUUUUUAAUUAAAGAGUGAGUGCGACAGAAUCCUGGCAUUUGGAUUAUUUUUAUGUGAAGUUUUCUACCACUAACGUCUUCCGUUCACACAAGCUCAUUACGGCUUACGACAUUAAAAAACAGUUCAGUUGUGUCUGUUUUAAUUUUGUCUUCUCAUCUGUGGCUUUAUUUCUAUCACCCUAAACUAUCAGUGUUUAAUUUCUGAUUGAAUCUGCAAAAGGUUUACACCUCCUUGUCCAAACGAUUAUAGACUGGAAACCUGUUCAGAGAGAUUUUUGAAGGAUGCCUUUUUUCCUUUUGUGAAGUUAUGUAAAGAAUUUGUGUUGCAGUGUAUAAAAAUGAAUAAACACUGGAAACAAA